UUUCUACUUUGGACAAAAUAACAGGGAUAAAAUGAGAAUUCUUCAAAAUUGGUGACUUUAAGUUGGCUGGAACAAUCCCCUCCAACGUUUUCAAUAUUGAGAUCCGUAAAUUAUUAUUGUGAAUCAAACUGGUUACCGUUUGCGUUUGACCUUUUUAAUACCAAUCCGCACAGUCACUACUCACUAAUCUCGACUUGUCCUUCGGAAUUGGUUGUCUGCUUCGCUCAACUUCAGAUUAUUGUCUGCAAAGCCUUAAGAAUGGCAAUUUGUUUUAGAAAAUUGAUUAGAAUUGGUUCUUCCUCAUCGUACCCUAUUUCCUAUAUUACAGCUAAUUCAAAGGGACCCGUAUCAAACACUUGCAUUGCCCGCAACUUUUGCACCGAUCAGGCCAACCCUCUGCGUCAAGGGGAUACCCUUAAGUUCGGAGAUCUUGAUCCUCAAUUUGAUGUCGAGUUUCGGAAGUGGAGUAAUGGAGGCGGAGCUAUCCAUAAGUUAGCUGAUGUUCAUCGAACAGCAGUUAUAGAGUUUGGUGCCAUAAUUUAUUCACAAGCUCAUGUACGUGAAAAUGCCUUUAUAGGUUCUGGCGCUAUCGUUGGACCGGCUGUCACAGUUGGUGUAUCCACUAGACUUGGAUAUAAUGUUUCUCUUACCAACUGCAACAUUGGUGAUUUUUGUGUCAUCCAUAAUGGGGUAUGCAUUGGCCAGGAUGGGUUUGGGUUUUUUGUGGAUGAACAUGGUAAUAUGGUGAAGAAGCCGCAGCUACUAAAAGUAAUGAUCGGCAACCAUGUUGAAAUUGGAGCGAACACAUGUAUUGACCGGGGCAGCUGGAGAGAUACCGUAAUAGGAGAUCACUCAAAGAUUGACAAUUUGGUUCAGAUAGGUCACAAUGUGCAAAUUGGUAAGAAAUGCAUGAUCUGUGGGCAUGUUGGAAUUGCAGGUUCAGUUACGAUUGGUGACUAUGUGACAAUGGGUGGAAGAGUUGCCAUUCGAGACCAUGUCUCCAUCUCAUCGAAGGUCAGGUUGGCUGCUAAUAGCUGUGUUACAAAAGACAUUCAUGAACCUGGGGAUUAUGGUGGCUUCCCUGCUAUGCCAAUUGGCAAAUGGCGAAGAGUUCUAGCUGCUCAGCAUCAGUCAUUGAAAUAGAAAAACCAACUCGUUCCAGAGGCACUGUCAGUUUGCAGACUUUGGUGCCCCACCUGUUGUUGACCUGAGGUGCUCUUUUGGUUCAUCAAACAUUUAAGUUCUGCCGAGGGGACGAAAUGCCUGAAAACUUCUAUAUCUGGUCUAUGGUUCCUUUCUUCUCUUCUUUAGCAGGGUGAGGUUGUUUUUGCUGCUAAGAGUUACAGUAUUUCUGUUUUGAAUGAAUGGCUCAUGCAACCACUAGCACUAAGAGGACAUACACCUUUAGACAUGAUUGACAAAUCAUCAUAUAUAGAGGACUGCUAUAUGAGUGUUGGGGUUAGGAUACUUACAGAACUACAAAGUCUGAUGAAUUAUGUAGGUAGUAUAAUAGUUCUGGUAAUUGUCAACUUACAGAUAUGGUUAAUCUCAUUAUUGUUUUGCAUGCAAUUAUGUAGUGUUUUCUUUUCUGGAAAUGUUAUUCAGUUUGGGUCUUGGACUUCUAUGUAGACCUUUUUGGGUAGGUUUUUUCAGCUAUGCUUCUAAUCAAACAAUUAAUCAUUGUCGUAACCUUCUUGAUUGAUUUGUUUCUUGUUCUAAAUCCUUUAGUAUAAGAAUUUUGCAGUCGAAGGGAUUAAUCUGUGUUCUCUUAUCCACCGAAGAGUUUAAUCUGAAAAUUUUUGUUGCGCCUCGGAUUAUCCAGGACAUUGAACUUCAUUUAAUGCUCAACUUACUAAACAAAAGUAUGCUACUGACUACUGAGGCGCUCAUUUGGAAUGGAUCGACAUUUGAUGAUCAUGCAUCUAAACUGCCAAGAAAAUAUACUUUUGAGUGGUUUUAGCUCAGAUAGGAAUCUUCUGAUAAACUUUCCUUUUGAAAAGUAUCGGAUAAACUAUUGGCAUGUACCUCGCCCUAUGUUCUCGUGGGCAAGUGGAGAAUCAUUGCCGAACUAUAUAAUUUAUAUAUGAGCUUCAAUAAGAUCACUUAUUUUUUUCAAAGAAUGCCUUUCUUUCUACUGUAUUGCCUGUGUGCAUAAACUCAAUGAUUAACUAUCGGAAAAAAAAAAGUAUAUGUUUCUUCAACAUCUAAAGAUAGGGUGUGCAUAAGUUACAUUGAUCUCGUUCUCCAUUUCUUCCAGCUAACAUGCAGCUUGGUCUUGCCUGGAAUCUUUCCAUCUGUUCCAACCGGUAGUUGAGCAUCCAACUGCAUCUUAUGACGCCUGCUCUUAAUACCCCAGGUUCGAUAUUGAAUCCUUGUCACUAGAACAACCUUCAACUGAGCUUUCUGAUUUGAUAUCUCGUCCUCCAGUUUUUUCCUCUGGCUAACCACCACCGCAAGACUUCCAAUUUCUGGAGUAUUAUCCCCUUUAUCUUGAUAAAAACGUGAAAUAUUAUACAAUCCAAUAUUGUCCUGAUGGUUAGAAAAAGUCAAGAAGAUGUCAUCAUAGUAAAUACCUGAAUCUUUAUUAGGAUUUUCAAUCUCUAAGGCAAAGGGAAUGGUACCAUUCUGAAGAGAGAAUUGGGUGAUUGUGUAACUGGGGCUUUUCGGGCGUAUCCCUAACCAUAUGAAGAAGGCUAGCAACCCAGAAAGGAUAAUAAUUUGACAGGCCCACAGUUUAAAGCUUGUGACUUCUACCAUUUUGUGAGACCAGAAAUGAACUACUUAAUUCAGUGAUUACUGUAUGUUUUCAUAUGCUGUGUGGCCUAUGGCUGGCUAUGUCUUAGGAGGUUUUGGAAGAGAAUGCCAAGAUGUCUUCUGAAAUAGUAGCACUUGGGAAGGGAAAGAAAAACAUCUGGAAUCUUUUUAGGAUAGCAACUUAGUACAGAUGUGUUGCUUUUUGAUGUAUGAUGUUUAGAAAAGCAUGAUAGGUUCCCCACUGAUGCUUUUCUUCUUUCAGUUUCUUUCACUUUAUUGUAGAUUCUUUUUUUGCUGCAGUAGCAAUGCGUUGGAAGUUUCAGUUCAAAUUCCAAAAUUAGAUUAUCGAACAAAGAGUUACCGAUUAUUGUGGUCACAAUCAGGUUAUGUUUCGCGUUUGCGAGUGAAAUCUGGAAAGUUUCAGUGUCGUGUUACUAUGUCGAUUAAAUGUAUAAAGUGAUUCAACUUGAUCACUCAUAGAAUACACUACAUUCCUGACCAAUUAGAGAGAUGCAAUAAAAGGCACCUUUCCCUUUACCGUUUGUUGAAAAAAAGAAGAAAAAACUGAAAAAAUGAACAGAAUAAUUGAGGCUUAAUCAUGGAAUUCCUAGGUGUUUACUCAGUGUUGGUAGCCUCCCUUCGUCCUAGAAACAUUUGUUAAACAACAAUAAUAUUGAUCAUAAAGCGAACUAGGUUUUAUCAGAACGGAUGCAUUGCGUUCUUAUGUCAAUGGUGCCUCGCAAGGAAAACAAGUUUGAAUAGAAAUUUGUCAUGACGUCUUUUGAGCUCUCAUAGUUUCACUAAUACUUUCUCCGUCUCAAAAUAAUUCCCAAGUUUUAGAUUUUAUUUUUAGUAAAAAUUGUAUUAGAUAUAAAAAUUUAAACUUGAC